AUGGAGCAGAUGACGUCUGUUGAGGGGGAAACCCCUGUUAUCUCUGAGGUUGGUGUUGUCGAGGGGGAAACCCCUGUUAUUUCUGCUGAUGUUGAUGUAGGAGUCAAAAAGGGGGCAACCCCAGUGGAUAAUGUUGAGGGGGAAACCCCUGUUGGUGAUUUGGAGGGGGCGACCCCUGUUAUUUCGAAGGAAGUUGUUGGGGGGGAAACCCCGGAAAAAUUAGCGGGCGGUGAAGCCCUAAUCUCUGAUACGAUGGUUGCUGAGGGGGAAACCCCUGUCUACAUUGAGGGGGCAACCCCUAUUUUGUCUGAGGAGGGAGAGACCUUCAUUACUACUGAAGCUUCGGAGCCCAAGAAGAGCGGGCUGGAAGUGGUGAUAGAACUGGACGAUCAGCCGGUGGGUGCAGACUUGCCAAUGGAUAAACGGGAGGCCCGACGACGGGCCCGACGGAAUUUGAAAGAUGAGAUCGAGGACCUCACUUUGUCCACAAAAGAGGAAGUACAAGACCUAGGAACAGAGGGUGAGUUAGAGAAAGAUACCCCUAGGUCUGGAGGGGAGGAAGAAGAAGACGAGGAGGAGCGCCGCUUGACAGCAAAAAGAAAAAUGAAGGGCAAAAAGGCAGCUCCUUCCUUGGUCAAGAAGACAAGAAAGCCUUCUGGGGGUAAAUCUAUUGAAGUCUCACUCCCUCCCCCAGUGAAGGUACCAUAUGCUAGAGAGCCAGUUAGCCCUGCUAGGUCCAGUGAAUCUGAAGAGGAGCCAGAAGAGGAACUAAAUUUCGAACCUGCAGAAGUCUGGAUUACCAAGGGAUUGCUUGAUGCAAUGAGGAAGUUUGAAGACCCCAAACGAGCGGCGACCUACAAGGAACGGAGUGGUCCAGGUAAGCUUGCAACGUCUGGAAAACGAUAUGAUCCCGCAGAAUUGAAGGAGAUAGAUUCUGAUGAAGAAUUCCGGCAGUACAUCGAUGCCAUCGGUUUCGAUUGGUUACUAAAGCAUAUCUCUGCGGAGGUCCCAAAGGCACUGGCACGUGAAUUCUUUCUACAUUCCGUUUGA